GAACCGCAGCCCUGCCCGGCGCUGCUCCAUCCUCUCUUCCUGCCUUCUCUGUCCUUUCUCACCUGUACCUCUUCAGUCACCUCGCCCCAUCGCUUUCACAGAAAACCCAAAAGUGGCGGGUCACAGUGGCUCAUUCCAGUGCUCCCUGCACUUUGGGAGGCUGACGGAGACCAGCCUGGGCAACAUGGUGAGACCCCCAUCUCUAAAAAAAAAAAACUAGCUGAGGCCAGGCAGGGUUGCUGAAGCCUGUAAUUCCAGCACUUUGGGAGGCCAAGGCAGGCAGAUCAUUUGAGAUCAGGAGUUUCAGACCAGCUUGACCAACAUGACCCCAUCUCUACUAAAAAUACAAAAAAUUAACCGGGCAUGGUAACACACACCUGUAGUCCCAGCUACUCAGGAGGCUGAGGCAGGAGAAUCACUUCAACCCAGGAGGCAGAGGUUGCAGUGAAUCAAGAUCACACAACUGUACUUCAGCCUGACCCCAUCUCAAAAAAAAAAAAAAAAAAUUAGCUGGGCAUGGUGGUGUGUGCCUAUAGCCCUAGCUAUUGGGGAGGCCGAAGCAGAAGGGUAACAUGAGCCCAGAAGUUUGAGACCAGCCUGAGCAACAUAGUGAGACCCCAUUUCUAAAAGGAAUACAAAAAUUAGCUGGACAUGGUGUUGCAUGCCUGUAGACCCAGCGGCCCCGGAGGCUGAGGCUGCGGUGAGCUAUGAUCACUGCACUCCAGCCUGGGCAGCAGUGUGAGACCCUGUCUCAAAAAAACCAAUCCUGCCACGAAGGGCGCUGUGAGCCGUGGAAUGUGUGUCCUCUGGCAUGCGGAUUUGUCCUUGUCUCUGACUUGAGGGGAAGGUCACGGUUAGUGGUUCUGGUGAGCUCUACCUGCUGUCAGCAUACUGCCAAGAGCAGCCAGGCUGGGCUUGGUGCUUUCUGAAAGGUCCGUUGGGGGCGUGCAGGCCGGCCUCUGGGAGUAGCCUGCUCCCAGCUCUGGAGCCACGGCUGUGCGGCAGGCCUCAGCCCAGGGCCAUGUGGGGUCUUGGCCCACCCUGGUCUUAGAGAUGACCACCAGCUGCCUUCCUCCCCACCAUGACACUUCCUGAGAGCCACGCCCUGUAGGAGGGGUGGGGACAUAAACUUAGAAGAACGAGCUGGGACCUUGCCCUUGGCUCCUGCUAGGGUAGAGGCUGACCUUUAACCCCAGCCAGACCCCACUUCUCAGCACUGUGGGAUUCCAGGAGACAUUUACACCCCAGCGCCCCGCCCUGUGAUUUCCCACAGGACUUGGGAGGUUGGGAGAGGGUGAAACGCACAGUGAGGGAAGAAGCUAGGCUCACCUGUGCCCUUGGAGACCUCCCAGGGCCUCUGCCCUCCCGAGGCAAUAACAGCAGCCACCACGAGGGGGCCUUUGGGCCAGGUCCAUGCCAAGCUCCCCAAAACCCUGCAGGUUUUCAAGGAAGCUGGGCACAGAGGCCUCUCCUCAUAAAUCACAGCAUCGGGAUCAUGGGCCGUGCCUCGCAGGCCAUCCGGAAACACCCAGGUCCAUCAGCACCAGGCAGCUCUCCAUCCCGCUGAGUAAAUUCUUUGCUCCCUUUGCUGGAAAACGGGAGACAGCAAAAGUAUUGCAUUUCUCAUUGGCCUGGCCUGGCCUUGCGUGGCCGCCGCAAACUGUCCAGGGCAGUGCCCAGUUCCAGUUUCUACAUUAUGGUGGGAGUUUGGGGCAUGGAUGCCUUUCCUUUUGCAUUUUUAAAUAUUUUUCUGUGUUUUGUUUGGUUUGUGAGAUGAGGUUUUGCUCUUGUCACCCAGGCUGGAGUGAGUGGUGCGAUCUCGGCUCACGGCAACUUUCGCCUCCCGGGUUCAAGUGAUUCUCCUGCCUCAGCCUCCCAAGUAGCUGGAAUUACAGGCACCUAUCCCCCACACCCAGCUAAUUUUUGUAUUUGUAGUAGAGACUGGGUUGACCAGGCUGAUCUCAAACUCCUGACCUCCGGUGAUCCACCCACCUCGGCCGCCCAAAGUGCUGGGAUUACAGGCGUGUGCCGCGAUAACUGGCUUUUUUCUGUUUUUCUGUUUCUAACAGUCUUUCUAUUCGUUUCUUAUUGUAAGCCAUCUUAAAAGAAAUUGGGAAGUUGCUAGAACGUAUUUAUGUGUGCAUGUUUGUGUCUGUGUGUAUCUGUGUGUCUCUGUAUGUGCGUGUGUGUGCCUGUGUGUCUCUGUGUGCGUGUAUGUCUGUGUCUGUGUGUGUGCCUGUCCGUGUGUGUAUCCGUGUGUCUGUGUAUGUCUGUGUCUGUGUCUGUAUGUGUAUGUCUGUUUGUGUGUGUAUGUCUGGGUCUGUGUGUGCCUGUCUGUGUGUGUGUGUCUGUGUAUGUCUGUGUCUGUGUGUGUGUGCCUGUCUCUGUGUGUGUGUGUGUGUAUGUCUGUGUCUGUGUUUGUGCCUGUCUGUGUGUGUAUCCGUGUGUCUCUGUCUGUGUCUCUGUGUGCCUGUGUGUGUGUGUCUGUGUAUGUCUGUGUCUGUGUGUGUGCCUGUCUGUGUGUGUGUCUGUCUGUAUGUGUCUGUGUGUGUGUGCCUGUCUCUGUGUGUGUGUGCGCCUGUCUGUGUGUGUAUCCGUGUGUCUGUGUUUGUGUGUCUCUGUGUGUGCCUGUGUGUGUGUGUCUGUGUAUGUCUGUGUCUGUGUGUGUGUCUCUGUUUGUGUGUCUGUGUGUGCCUGUGUGUCUGUGUAUGUCUAUGUCUGUCUGUGUCUGUCUGUCUGUGUGUGUGUGCCUGUCUCUGUGUGUGUGUGUGCGCCUGUCUGUGUGUGUAUCCGUGUGUCUGUGUUUGUGUGUCUCUGUGUGUGCCUGUGUGUGUGUGUCUGUGUAUGUCUGUGUCUGUGUGUGUGUCUCUGUGUUUGUGUGUCUGUGUGUGCCUGUGUGUCUGUGUAUGUCUAUGUCUGUAUGUGUCUGUCUGUGUGUGUGUGCCUGUCUCUGUGUGUGUGUGUGUGUGCCUGUGUGUGUGUGUCUGUGUGUGUCUGUGUCUGUGUGUGUGUCUCUGUGUCUGUGUUUGUGUGUCUCUGUGUGUGCCUGUGUGUGUGUCUGUGUAUGUCUAUGUCUGUAUGUGUCUGUCUGUCUGUGUGUGUGUGUGCCUGUCUCUGUGUGUGUGUGUGUAUGUAUGUGUGUGUGUAUGUAUGUGUCUGUGUGUGUGCCUGUCUCUGUGUGUGUGUGUGUGUGUGUGUGUGUGUCAAGGCGUCUCUCCCUUGGCAUGUUGAUAUCUGGCGCUGGACUGUUCUCUGGGGCGAGGCCGUCCUGGGCACUGUGGGGUGCUGAACAGCAUCCCUAGCCUCCACCCACUCCAUGCCAGAGGCAGCCCACAAUCCUGCCCACCAUUAACAUCCCCAGACAUCACCCAGUGUCCCCGGGGCAGAAUAUGCCCUGUGAGACCCUCAGUGAUAGAUGGGUGGUGCCCGGCGGCUGGGGCCGUGGCCAGCUCUUCCCUUUCCUCAGAGUCCUUGGUUCUCCGUUGCCCUGUGCCUGUUCAGUCCUCUCUUUUCCUGUGUGGCUUCUUCAUAGGGCUCAUUUUCAUUGCACUUGGGCCAUCUCACACUGAAUGCUGAUUUCCAGGGCCCAGACACGGCCUUUCUCCCUGUUAAUAUCACGUCUGUAUC